ACUGCUCCAAAAUCGUCUUCCAUAUUCUAUUUUUCUGUUUCUGCCAUCUCCAAUUCCAAUCCAUGUUUGCUUCGGUGAGCAACAGCAGCAUCAAUAUUUUACGCCGCUGCGGUCUCCUCCGUCCACGUGUCCUCACUGUUGGAUUUUGCUCUCUCCUGCACAGGUUCGGUGCUUCAUCUCCGAUGGACAAUGGCAGCAAUAACUACUUUUCCUCUUACGCUCACGCCUCUCCCAGUGGCCGUGGAAAGGCUUUUGAUAUGAAAAAUGAUAGAGAAAAAACAAGAGGGCGUGGUGGUGGAAGUGGCUCAGGAAAGGACAAAAUUGACGCCCUUGGUAGGCUCCUGACACGAAUUUUGCGACAUAUGGCAUCUGAAUUGAAUUUGAAUAUGCGAAAUGAUGGUUUUGUGAAAGUUAAUGAUUUGCUAAAGCUGAAUAUGAAGACUUUUGGUAAUAUUCCAUUGAGAUCACACACUGUUGAUGAUAUUAAGGAGGCUGUUCGAAGAGACAAUAAGCAACGGUUUAGCCUCAUGGAAGAGAACGGGGAACUAUUAAUACGUGCAAACCAAGGCCACACAGUAACGACUGUUGAAACCGAAAGCUUAUUGAAACCAAUCCUUUCAGCCGAAGAAGUUCCAGUUUGUGUCCAUGGAACCUACAGAAAGAACUUGGAAUCAAUUCUAGGAUCUGGGCUGAAGCGCAUGAAAAGAUUGCAUGUUCAUUUCUCUUGUGGUUUACCAAUAGAUGGAGAAGUAAUUAGUGGUAUGAGGCGAGAUGUCAAUGUUCUUAUCUUUAUUGACGUCAGAAAAGCAUUGGAGGAAGGUAUGAAGCUUUACAUUUCUGACAACAAGGUAAUCUUGACGGAAGGUUUUGAUGGCGUUGUUCCUCCCAAAUUUUUUGAUAAGAUAGAAUCAUGGCCUAGCAGACAGCCUAUUCCCUUUUGAAACUCUCAGAAUCAUAGGAAAUUGAGGAUUAUUAUAUAUGAUUGUGCAAACCUCUUACAAGAAUUACUAUUGGCUUCUUGUUUCUUUUGCCUACUUAGAGAAUUCAAUUACGUUACUUUGGAUAAUUGAGUUAUUAUUCAUAUAUCUAGAGAUAGCUUUUAUGUACCAUUAUCAUU